CCGGCCACCCCCGCGGGCUCCGGGCAUCCUACGCCGCGCGGAGGCGGCAGGCGCGGCCGCGGCUCCACCACCACCACCUGUGGCGGCGGGAUGGCGGAGCUCGACAUCAGCGCGGAGGCAGUGAUGGGCUUCCUGAGGGAGCGCGGCGGACGGGUGCGCAACACCGAGCUGGUGAGCGCCUUCCGGCCGCUGCUGGAGGCCGCCGGGGCCGGUGCCGAUGCCGGGGAGGCGGAGGGGCGGGCGGCGCGGCGGGAGCGGUUCAAGGCGGCGGUGAACGCCGUGGCCACGGUGAAGGAGAUCGACGGCGUCAAGUUCGUGGUGCUGAAGCGGCAGCUCCGCGCUGCCCCGCCGGCGGGGGGCGAUGCCGGAGCCCCCGUCCCGGUUCCCGUCCCCGACCCGGUUCCCGUGCCCGACCCGGACCCCGCCGGGACGCCCCCCGAGGAGCCGCCGGGGCCGCGGGCCGUGGCCGAGCUGCGGGGCCUGUUCCAGGGCGGCGGCGGCGGGGUGCCCCUGCCCGGGGCCGCGGCGGGGGCCCGGCGGGAGCCGCCGCCCAAGCCCUGCAUGCUGCCCGUGCGCUGCGUGCCGCCCCCCGCCGCCCCGGGGCCGCCCGAGGAGGCGGCCAGCCCGCUGUCCCCGCCGCCGCUGGACGAGGAUGCCGGGUCCCGCUCGCCCGGGCUGCGCAGGGGGCCCAAGAACCACCGGGCCAGCGAGGAGACCGUGGUGCCCCUGGAGCAGGCGGAGCACCAGUGGCUGGUGCUGGCGGCCGACGGGCAAUGGACACAGCAGCUCCACGGGCUGCUGCUGGGCGACGCCAGCCUGGCGGCUCGCAGGGACUUCAUCUCCGGCUUCACCGCCCUGCACUGGGCCGCCAAGAGCGGCAACUGCGACAUGGUGACCAACAUCAUCCGAGCGGCCGAGAAGGGCGGGUCCCGCGUCAAUGUGGAUGCCCGGUCGCAUGGUGGCUACACGGCGCUGCACCUGGCUGCUAUACACGGCCAGGAGAAGAUCAUCACCAUGCUCGUCUACAGCUACCAUGCCAAGAUUGACCUGAGGGACUACAGUGGGAAGAAGCCGCACCAGUACUUAAAGGAAGGGACAUCCCUUACAAUUCGGCGUUUGCUAGGGGACCCCAGCCUUUCCCAAAACAUGGAACACUCCGUGCCCAUCAAGAAGUCUACAAAGCUUGCGGCUUCAAUCUUGAGCUCCACUAGCACUUUCCUGGGAGUCAUAUCCGAUGAUAUGGCUUUCUAUGAUCUCACCAAAGGUUUAAGGAAGCCCUCAACUUUAAACAAGCUUCUGACUGCCACUACGGGCCCGAGGAGGAAGCCAAAGAUCAGAGGGGGCUUCCCUUCAUAUUCCUCACUCUCUGAGGUAGCGGAGGAGGAGGAAGAGGUUGUUGUGAAACGCAGACCCGUUUCUGAGCUGUUCUUUGGCCACUAGCCUCUGCCUUACUGUGAUCAAAAUGCUUUAAUAGCAUGGCUGCUUUCUCAGCUUUCUCUCGCAGAAGCAGUUUGGAUUUUUUUCUCUCCAUGUCUGUCUUUUCGGGUGUUUAACUGAAUCAGUGAUUGGGUCUACAUCCAAAGCCCACAGCAUGAAACCCAACCCCAGGUGCCUGUGGAAAGGGAGCUGCCAGGAAGUGCUAUCCAUGCUGUAUGUACCAUUGUGCUGAUCUGUUGGUGGAGACCACAAACUAUACUUAAUGGUUGAAAAACUAAAACAGCUUUUGUGUGUGUGGACAGGUCAAAAUGCCAGAGGUACAGCCUUCUUGAUCUGUGUUCUUCAGCUGGAGAGCAGAAGAAAGAUAAAAGAUUGCAUAUUUUACACUGUGAACAGCGAGUUGGUAGCUGGCUACUUUAACAGGAUUAAAUUACCAGAGGAAAGAUGCAUAGUUUUCUAUGAUGUUUCUGAUUAUUUUGGUAAUAGAAGAAGGAUAUUUCUAUUUACAAAAAUUGUAUACUUUUUCAAAACAAAAUUUCUCACUUUGAGAGCUUCUCACUCAGUAUUUCACAUCAGAAAUACUAACAUAACAAUCUCAAUUGUUGCCUGAUGCAUUUUAUUAGAUAAAGUACUUUAAAAGAUAGACCCUGACCUUCAGCACUCGAGUCUCCAUUACUUGUCUACCUCAGUUUGGAAGCUUGGCUAGUGGUUUAAGAUUUUCUCAAUUCCUGAAAGACUUUUUGACCAGGUGUUACUUACCACAUGUCUUGAUGAUACUGUGAACAUUUAAACUUCACUGUUGUUCAAUCAACUUAAGCUGAAUAAAGAACCUGAUUGAUAGUGAAAAAUUGAACUGAAAAACUGGGAAUUGGAUCUGUCAGAGUUUCUGAGUAGCCAACUGGAAACAAAGUGGCUUGUAUGUCUGAUUCUUUUUGUUUAAAACUUGGCCCAUUUUGACCUAUUUACAGUAAAUAUUUAUAAACAUGGGGCUUUCUGUAAUGUUAGGUGUUUCAUGAUAGAACCUCUGCAUGACCUCUUGAAGCAGUGUUUAUCUCAACAGCCUGAAUCAUUGACCUAAAACGAACUCUUCUUCUUUUAUAUGAUAAACAUAAUUGUUCUAUAUAUAGAACCACACAUAGCUCAAAAAGCAUGCUAACUGCAUGUUAGGUUUGCAGUAAGAUUAUUAUUAUUUUAAUUACUUCUUGGUUAAAGUUAAUGCAAAGAGGCAGAGCUAUGAACAGAAUCUGACCGACUUCGGGAGCAAGUCUGCUAAAACAGCACGUUUUCUCUAAAGCUGUGAUAGAAACCUGUAUCAUUGAGAGGUGCUGAAGGUGAGAGCAAUGCUGCACUGGCUCUGUUUGGGUUUCUGCAUUGAAACACUAGUUUGCAUUCUUUGCCUUUCCUUCCAGGUCAGCGACUUCAGGAAUAUUUGUUUUUUUCUGCCUUGCAUUAAACCUAGUACUUGUAAUUGGUUCUAAUUGGCUUGUCCUAAACACUCACAAGGAAUGCUGUAGGACUGAAGAUGGAGGCACUGCCCUCUCUACUUCAAAACACUCUCCCUGAAGUUCCUGGAGUUGGUGACGUUCGUUGGGAGUGCGAUCAGAGGUUGCAGCCAGGUCUGAUGCACCUGUUCUAGGAAGAGACUGGAUUAUUCUGCACCGGUCUGCUUCUGGAUUGAACUAAUUAAGUUGUUAAGCAGAGGUUAAUGAUCAAGCACCUCUCCUCAUGACUUCUAUAUCUGGAAUAGGGUUUAAAAAAAAAUAAAAUCCAAUUUACUCUCUAGCUGUUGGUAACCAUUGACCAGCGUGGUCCUUUGAAGCCAUGAUUUGUGCUGCACUCUGUCAGCUUGCAGAGUUCUGGGAAAAACAGGGCUCUGUUCUAAGGUGUAUUUCCAAGUGUAUGGACAUAGAACUUUUUUUUUUUUCUCUCCUGAAACCACAAAAGUGUGUGUGUGCAUUCAUGUUACCUCUGAGGCACUGACACUGCCUGAUGAAAGUGUUCUGUUUCUGUGGGAAUUGCAAACACUCCAGUUUGGCUUGGCCUUAUUGAGAAGUUUGUUCAAUAAUUAUGAGUAUAGGCUUGAUACCUGUUCAGACAACAUUGCUGAACUUUAGUGCUCAUUCAGAGUCAAGCCUGCAUGAGCCAGAGGCAGGGUUCAAGGAUGGAGUGUUUUGUGUUCAAAAACCCCACCUGACUAAUCUGGAGAGCAUGCUUGUGAUUUCACCCCAGGAAAGUAGGGAGAAGGUUUCAUUGCUUCUCUAUUGUUCUGUUAAAAAAGUCACAGUUGAGAUAAGACUUCAUUGCAACACAUAUCACCAAGAAAAUUCUGCAUUACUCCUUCCUCAGAGGCAUCUAAGCGAUUAGCUGGUGUGAUAGAAAAAUGGCCAGCAGCAAGAGCCCUCUUCCAGCAUUCCCCAGGGAGUGCUGGAGGCUUGGCAGGGGCGUGGUGUCACAGAGGUGUCACAAGGCCAGGUGCUGUGGGUGGGGUAGGCCGGGCCAGGCUCUGCCAGCAAGUUUGUGCAGUGACUCAGCUCAUUCCUCCUCCUUGUAGAGCCGGUGAAGGAAAAGAUGGUAUUUAGGGAGGCUGGGAUGAGUACACCAAGUGCAGUGCAACUUCAGGUGCAGACGAGUACUGAGAGAUAUUGAGAACACACUGCUCCCAUCCUACAGCUCCGAAAUCUGGCCAAAUGCAGUAGGAUUUUCACCUGAACGAAUGACAGCUGUGAAGUUUGGCCAGGAUGUUUUCACAGGAACAGCUGAGAGGAGGACUGGGUUCCCUCAGCACACUGGCCUGGGGCACAGCCCACAGCCUUUGAAUCCCUGGCCCAGCCCAAAGCUGGGAGCUGCCCAAGGGCACCAUCAAAGCUAAGAUCAGGAAAGGUAAAAACCAAAAAAACUGAGGCCCCCCUGGCUGUACUGCACCCUGGAGAGGGCUUAGUGGUGGGGAAGGCUGGAGAUGGAAGGCACAGACCAGGCACAGGGGCAGGACUCAGCAGCUUGGUGGCAUUUUGCCUUGGUUAUUAGCCUGCCCUCUCAGCAUGUCUCCGUUUUCCUGCUAUAAAAUGUAGAUAAUCACCUUGGUCACUUCUUUAAAGUACACAGUCAGUACUGAUAUGCAAAUUGAAAUCAAGAUAAUGUUUUUAGGCCUGUAGGCAGCAUGAGCAGUGUCAUUCCCCCACCCUGUGAUUGUGCAUUCAGUGGAGCGCCUACAGAAAUGAAAACUAGCUCAGAUUUUAGUUCAGCAGCACUAGGGAUCAGGAAAGCUACUGUUUGCCUGACCCUGGCCCAGUCUGCCUGCUAAGGAUAACUUGGUUUGUCUGUUCCUUGGCACAUUUUGUUCUGAGGAGUAUCAGCUCAAAAACCUGCUCUGAAGAGCUCUGCAAACAAACUUCAAACCACAAUUCUGCACAAAGAGACAGACUUUGUCCUCCCGGAUGUGGCUGUUUGAGCAGUGUGAGGCAGUGUGGUUGUGGUCAGGCUUACAGAGAUUUUUAGCUCUGUCCAUUUUCUUGUGAGUGCUGCACAGAAACGUGGACUGCAAAAACCCAGGAAACCCCGUUCCUGGGGACUCCUCCUGCAGAGGAGACUUAAUGAGAUUUCAGCUUCAUCACAAACCCAUGGUCCAGUGGAAGAGUCACAGUAACUCUCAAAGACCAAUGUGAGCUGCAGCCGCCAGCUGGAGGUAGAGGAAAUAUUUCUAGACAGUCCCCUGAUUCCCCAUUGCUCAUCUCUUGCUCCCUCUCUUCAUGUUUCCACCAUGACCUACAUUCCUUGGAUGUACUUGCCUCCUGAUUUGCAUAUUAAUCUGAAUAAAAUAGCAGCACGGCA